UAACACUGCUGGUGGAUCAUAGGCUGUAAAGUAUGUUGUUUAUCAGCUGACUAUAAACGAAGUUUGCUGUGAAAUGGAUUUGUGUGUCAGUGUUACGAUUCAGAAAGGACAGAAGCAACCUCCAGUGAUUCUCUAACAGUGAGCAUUGCUUUUCACUGACCACCGGACUGUUUUCUACCAGCUACAACCCAGAUAUCUCUUCAGAGUAUGGCUUCACUGUCUACUCUCUCCUUUGUGGACAAGUACUUAUAAAACUUUCUGCUUAGUGUAUUUUACUACUUCCCUUUCCCCAGCCUUCCCCUUUUUCUCUCUUCUUUACUUUGAGAGUGAAAAUGGACAGCACAGGGCCUGUGCAGCCCAGUCUCAACUCCUCCUAUGUUUCAAAUGCUCUUGGUAACCAUAAUGUAUCUGAUGAUGAAGAGAGCGAGGACCAGAGUCCCUCUGCAUCACUUCUGCCCAAACAUUCAUCAGUGCCUCUGGCCGUACGCUACAGUCCUGAGGACUCUUACUGUUUGGUGUACAUCAUCUUCUUUCUGAUGGGCAUCGGCUCCCUGCUUCCCUGGAAUUUCUUCAUAACAGCCAAACACUACUGGCUCUACAAACUGAGUAACAACACUCAUGGCGGCAGCAGUGAAGAGCAACGUUCAGACCUCGGUGACUACUUUGAGAGUUACCUGGCCAUCGCCUCCACGGUGCCCUCUGUGCUGUGCCUGAUACUCAACUAUAUCCUAGUAAACAGGUUGUCAGCAAAUGUGCGGAUUCUGUCAUCUCUCUUUGUGAUCCUGUUGCUAUUUGUGGUGACCACAGUGCUGGUUAAGGUGGAUGUGUCAAACAGCAGGAUGGGGUUCUUUGUCGGCACAUUGGCCAGUGUGGCUGUCGUCAGCGGAGCCUCAAACCUCUUUACUGGCAGUGUAUUCGGGAUUAGCGGACAUUUCCCCAUGAGGAUCUCCCAGGCCCUCAUAUCAGGCCAGGCUAUGGGAGGCACCCUGAGUGCAGUAGCAUCAAUAGUAGAUCUGGCAGUGGCAAAGGAUGUCACAGAUAGUGCUCUGGCCUACUUCCUGACAGCCGACGUCUUCAUCCUACUCUGCAUUUUCACGUACCUGCUGCUGCCCAAGCUGGCAUAUUCACGACACUACAUGCUAGCAGCAGCGUGUACCAAUCCAGGAGUUAUGAGUGAGGGGGAAGAAAUGUCAGACGCAGGGAGCAGUGUCUCGGUCCCACCGCUGCAACCUAUCCUCAGGAAGAUAUGGGUGCUGGGCUUGAGCGUCUUCUUCGUCUUCUUUGUCUCUAUCAUGUUGUUCCCUGCAGUGUCAUCAGGGAUCCAGUCUGUGAACAAAGACAGCGGCAGCCCCUGGACCACCACUUACUUUGUGCCCCUGACCAGUUUCCUCCUAUACAACGUAGCGGACUUCUGCGGUAGGCAGGCCACAGCCUGGCUUCAGGUGCCUGGUCCUACCAGCCGAGUCCUGCCUGCACUGGUGCUGUGUCGCUCAAUCAUGAUCCCACUUCUCAUGUUUUGUAACUACCAGCCAAGGGACCACCUCCACACUGUGCUGUUCACACAUGAUGUGUACCCUGUGAUUUUUAACUGCCUGCUAGGCCUUACUAAUGGUUACUUAGGUACUCUACCGAUGAUCUAUGGGCCAAAGGUGGUACCUCGGGAGCUGACAGAGGCCACAGGAGUGGUCAUGUCCUUCUUCCUCACUCUGGGACUGGCUUUUGGAUCUGCUUUCUCUGCGCUUAUUGUUCACUGUAUCUGAUCAGACUGUUAUGCAAUAGCCUUGUCAUGUACAGCUGUAUAGUUGAGCUAUACAGCAGACUGUAGCUGGACAAUAGAGUCUGUGAAUGUCAGAACCUGAAAGCACUGUGAUGCAAAGUGCAGCCGUAAAACCAUCUGCAAUGAGGGAAAGGUGCAAAUAAGCUUCUAAUUUUCACUUGACCAAAAAGCCUUAGCUCCUUCAUACCUCACAUUAAUGUGUGUUAUGUUUACACUGAUGUUGCUCAUGAUGUGAGUCUCAGGGCUGCGUCCAGCAUAACUAGGUCAUUUAAAUAUUAAAGAGAGAGAUGAAGAUGGCUCAACCACAUGACAGUGCAGUCCAUAAGGGACACAUCAUUAAACAACAUUUCUUGAUAUUUUUUAUGUUUGAUAUUACAUUAACACAUUUUGCACAAAUGUAUGUAUGUGAUUCAAGGGGUAAAAGUUUGGGGUAUAUAAUAGGUGUGUCUGUUAUUUUUAGUUCAGCUUCAAUGAAAUAUGCAGAUUGCAAAGAUGCACCAUCUAUUAUAAAAGAGGUACAGCUGGAAAAUGUGGCAAAUUGUUGUUGAACAACCUGUGGUUCAUUCAUGUCUGCUGUCUAUAAAUAUAAUGAC